CGGAACAAUCGUUUAUAUAUUUGUCUUCACAAUUUCCUUGAAGUUUUGAGGAAAAGCUGCACAAUUUACACCAAACUUAUUAUAAGACCAAUCUCUUGAUUCAUAAUCAUCAAUGUAAGGAGGUUAUUUACAAAUUCUUGAGGAAAUAUGGACUCGUCAUUGUAGUUCUGUCUCGAUCCAAUCCAUUAGGUAUCAAUAAACCUCGAUGGGCUUCUUGAUAUGUACACCACCUGCCCAUCCAUAAUCGGUACCUGAAACGUUGCAGCCCGUACAUUUCAUGAAUCAUUACAUAAGUUUCUUAUGAAUCUUACCGUGUCUUCUCCGUCGCUCUCCUCGCGUUUUUUUUCUCCCGUCCAGAAAGACGGUGAACGGGGAGAACCAUUAGUUAGCUACGUGUUCAAAAAAUCAAAACUGAACCGAGUAAACCGGAUCAUACCGAACCGGGAGUAAACCGGGUAAUGGACGAUAAACCUUAUCCAUAUCUCCCACUCGAAACAGAACAGAGAGGAGAACACACACAAAAAAUCCGAUGCUUCUAUCUCUGUAAAAAUCUCGUGAGGAUUUCGCUUAUUGGUUCAUGUCUGAUCUGAUUCAAUGGCUUCUGUAACAUGUCUUUUCAACCUCUCUGCUCAUCCCAGAUCCUCUUGCAAGCUUGAUGGAAGCGUAGAAAGACGGAGAGAAUGGAACGGUCAAGUUCCCAAGUCUCUUACUUGCAGUAAGCGCUUAGAGAUAUGGCGUAUAGCGCCAUUACAAGCAACAAUGAAUAGUCCGAGAGGCUUUGGACCACCUCCUCCUAGGAAAACCAAGAAACCCAAAAAGUCAAAACCCGGAAACCAGAGUGACGAAGAAGACGACCAAGAGGAAGACGAUGAUGAAGAUGAGCGUGAGAGAGGUGUGAUUCCAGAGAUAGUAACCAACAGAAUGAUAAGCAGAAUGGGAUUCACCGUUGGUUUACCACUCUUCGUUGGUCUUUGUUUCUUCCCACUCUUUUACUAUCUGAAAGUGGGAUUGAAAAUCGAUGUGCCUACAUGGGUUCCGUUUAUUGUUUCCUUCGUCUUCUUCGGUACGGCGUUAGCUGGUGUGAGCUACGGGAUCGUGUCGUCGAGUUGGGAUCCGUCGAGAGAAGGUUCCUUGUUAGGUUGGAACGAAGCUAGGAAGAAUUGGCCUGUCUUUUGGCAGUCCUUUUGGAACUCCUCAAGCAAGAGAUAAGACAGAAAAACAAAAACAGCUUUGAUCAUUUCUUACAAGAAGAUACUUCAAGAGUACUUCUGUAGAUUUUCUAUAUAAUUUUCGUUAUGCAAUCUACGAUUCUGCCAA